AGGAGCCAGGGAAUCGUCAUCCAGACGACUUCGGGUGAUCUCUUUUAUUUUAUUUUUUCGCGACAAUGAUUGUUGAGCGAUUGAUCGUUCUUGUGGCAGCAUUGAUGGAAACUCGGUUGGUCGUCGCUGCGAAUUACGCGUAUUCCGUGCGUAGGCCUGCCUGGGCUCGACGUGACUUGGAGCCCGUGGCACAGAUGUCGCACGCGGCGAACGGCGUCUUUCGACACCAGUUCCGGCCUAAGAUUCCUGGACUGGCUGAGCCCAGGGCUGCCCGGUCUGAGCAACCACCACCUGAGCCAGGGAAUCGUCAUCCAGACGACUUCGGGUGA